AUGAAGCAGAGGUCGCUUGUGGUCGGCCUGCUGCUCCUCGUCUUCGUCGUCGCACGCGCGAGUUCAUCCCUUGUCGCCACCAGCCGCAGAACGGCCAUUGCGCUCGCCGCUGGCCUCCCUUCAGCCGCCAGCGCGCUGACCGAUGGCCAAAGGAUGCAGGUGGACGCCGAGCUGACGACCAGCCCGCUCAUCGAAGAGCUUAGGGCGAAGACAGCGGCAAACAAAGAGAAGAAUGAGGCGGCGGUGAGGCAGCUCACCAGUACGAUGGGGAGCGUCUACGAUCCGCCCCUCAAGUUGGUGCGCUAUCUGGGAGAAGGUGACUCCAUGCCAGUCACACGAAUGGUUACCCCGGAGCAGAUCAAGGAGCUGAACGCGCAGGGCUACGAGCUCGACUGCCCGAAGAAAAAAGAAAUUUUGAUCGAUCACGAUGAGUUUCCUCUAGUCACCAACACAUGGCUUGAGAGUGGCCUACCAAAAAUCUAA